GCUGCUCCGUGGAGGCAGGCAGCGAGGACUGAAGCAGACAAAGGCAAGCGAAGAGACGGCGUGCUGCUAUCCUGCUGCAUCGACUUGCAACACCCUCCAGCUGCGACGCAGGACUGAUUUUCCCCAACAUUCACGACCACCACUGCCAUCAUGGAGCUGGACUUCGGGCAUUUCGACGAAAGGGACAAGGCGUCCCGCAACCCGCGGAGUGGAAGGAUUCAUCCUUCCACUCCGCGGGGCUGUCUGCCCAGCCCCGCGCACAGCGCCCACUGCAGCUUCUACCGCACACGCACCCUGCAGGCUCUCAGCAACGAGAAAAAGGCCAAGAAGGUGCGCUUUUACCGCAACGGGGACAGAUACUUCAAGGGCAUUGUGUACGCCGUGGCCAACGACCGGUUUCGCACCUUCGGUUCUCUCCUGGCCGACCUUACACGCUCCCUCUCUGACCACAUCAAUUUGCCGCAGGGGGUUCGUUUCAUCUUCAGCAUUGAUGGAUCACGCAAGAUCGCGUCUCUGGACGAGCUGGAGGAAGGGGAAAGCUAUGUUUGUGCAUCUGAGAACUUCUACAAGAAAGUCGAUUACACAAAGAAUGUCAAUCCUAACUGGUCUGUGAACGUCAAGGCCUCAGCCAGUCAGAAGGACAUGCAGUCGCUGGCUGCCAAGGCCGCCGGCGAUCCCAGAGAGGGCAAAGACUUUGUCCGGCCGAAGCUGGUCACGGUGAUGCGCAGCGGCGUGAAGCCCCGCAAAGCCGUCCGCGUCCUCCUCAACAAGAAGACCGCGCACUCCUUCGAACAGGUGCUGACCGACAUCACGGAGGCCAUCAAGCUCGAAAGCGGAGUGGUCAAGAGGAUCUACACGCUCGAUGGCAAGCAGGUCACCUGCCUUCAAGACUUCUUUGGUGAUGAUGAUGUCUUCAUUGCAUGUGGACCAGAGAAAUUUCGCUAUGCGCAGGACGACUUCUCACUGGAUGAGAACGAAUGCCUGCUGAUGAAGGGAGCCAAGGCCCAGCGCGGUUCUGUGAAGAGUCCCGGUCCGAUCAAGUGCUGCAAAUCUCCCGCUGACUCCACCAACGGGACUGGCUCCAGCAGCCAAAUCUCCACCCCGAUAUCCAAGCAUUCCCCCACCUCCACCCCCACCAGUCCGGGUCUGAACAACACGCAGAAGGAUCUCUACCUGCCCUCAUCUCUGGAAGACGAGGACUCUCUGGGCGAAUCGAUGUAACUUCCUUCCUGCAGCCAGCCUUCGUUUUGGUCUGAAACACAGAAGUUUUAUACGUCUGCUGCUUUCCACCUUCACUCACAGUGCCACCAGUCGAAGAGGACCGCUCUUUGUCUCUCUCUCUUUAGGGCCUUUGACACCAUUUGCUGCUUGAGGAUAAUAAACGGUUGUUAAACUCAGUCUCGUCAGCUCAUUAAUGUUCAGACACAAUAGCCACUUGUUUGUCGUUUAUGGAAGUGUACACUUUCUUUUAAUGUCCACUCAAGCAGCAAAUGGGGGAAUUUUCAGCCUCACGUUGAACAACUUUUUUUAUCCACUAUCCAUGUUGGUGACUGUCCCUCCGUCCAGCUGUUGAAGGUGUGAAUGUUACUGGUUCCUUGUCUGAGGAGACGGGUCUGUUAAUGAGGGUCUUUCUAAACCUGCUGUAAAUACUGUGUACAGCCAUCCGUCCAUCAUAACCUCUCUGCUCAGUGUCUGUUGCUGUGCUUCCAUUUUCUUACUACCAUGUUCAACCUUCACUCAACAUUUAACAGGGUCACGGGGUCAAAGUAGACGAAAGAAAUCAAGUGGUGAUGGUUUGGGGUGUUGGGGUGUAGCCGCUGGUUUAAAGGGAUUAUCCAUCAGAAAUGCUUUAAAGUAAAUAAAGUAUAAUUUCAGAAAUUAGUAAUCACUGAGGCUUCAUACAGUGUGCAAUAGAAAUUAUUGGCAUUAAUUUUACCCAGUCGGUCUGAAUGGGAAGCUGUAAAGACAUUGUCUCCUAUAUCUCUAAGUUCAUGUUUCAUCCGCUUUGACCUUUAGCCAGUCGGCUAUAAGUGGUUCAUUUUGGUUCAACUGCAACUUGUUGUGAUUAUUUACAAUAAAUGGUGUCUGGCAAAAAUAUCAACACUUAAGACUUUUUCACUUUUUGUCAUGUUGCAGUCACAAACUUGAAUCAAAAGACGUAUUAAAGACGUCCAUCCAUCCCCACACCAUGCCGCCGCCAUGUUUGAUGGCGGUGGUGCCUUCACUGACCAACUGGGUUAAAGCAGAUUAAAUUGCUCAGUUGGACUCUAGUUUACUAAUUAAAUCACUCUUGGAAGCAACCAGUUGCACUGUUAAUUUAGUAGCAUCACUGUAACGGUUCCUGAAUACACGUUCACCCCGCACUUUUAAAAAUUUAAUUUGUAAAAAUGUUUAAAUAUCAGCUUGAAACUUGCGAUUUAUAGUUUCCUUUCGCUUCACAAACAUGCGGUGCCACUUUGUCUUGGCCCAACAGAAACAAAAAUUCAAUUUUGUGGUUGCUGCGUGUCAGAAUGCAGGAAGGUUUAAGCAUCAGAACCGCUUUUGACCGGCACCAAAACCGGUGGGGGGGAGGAUCUCAAAGCCAAAGUGUUGUUUUUGACCAAGAAUAAACAAAACGGGAAAGUUUUGAUAGUAGUGAAAUCUCUGGAGCGAGCACACAUGGAGCUGAUGCAUGUCGCAUUGAAAUAAUAAAUCAUCUUCAUCUAAGGCGGGUAGUUGCAUUAUGGCGCUAAAGCAGUAGUGGGAUUUCUCCUCUUUUUGCAUGGCUCAGCAUAGUUCAGGGAUCAUGGGAGGGUGAUGAAAAUAUGUUUGUCUGUGUGGGUUUAAAAGUUUUAUAAAGCUUAUUAAUUUAUCUUAAAGGUACCUGUGUAGGAUUAAUCGUUUCCUUAGUUUAAACUUGCUCUGAACAAGUUUUUCCACGCUUCUGUGUGCAAUCUUGUAUUUCCAUAUUUCUAUUUCUGUCGUUGCGACUUCUGACGGCGUGUCCACUAAAAGGUGGAGAUUUGAGUUUUACUCAGCAGGGAAUCAAGCCUGAGACGUCACUGAAUCCAAUGAAUGAAGCACAAAAGCAGGGAGCAACUAAUUCAUUUACGACAGAUUUUUACCGGCCAGUCUCUCAAAACGCUUAACCACCGAUUCUCAAUAGUCAUAAAAUGCUGCACAUGUAGCAUCUCUUCGAUUAAGUACUAUGCAUUUGGAUUCAACAGUUGCUGACGUUAUUCUCUUUGGUAGAAAUUGCCUUUUUAUUAAAAUAAGAAGUGUGAUUAGAAAGGAGCCUAAAGUGAGCUUUUUUUUUUUUUUCCUCCAUUGUGAUGAAUCGUCUGUCUGGAAGUCCUGUCUUUAGAUGUGACGCUGCGUCCGCCUGCUUGAUGAUCUUUGGUCAAUGUUUUACUCGUUGAACACAAGCCAUCACAAUCUGGUGCUGUGAACUCCACCUUUCUCCAGCAGGGAGCGCUGUUACACCAGCACAACAGCUGAAAUCAGCAGCAGGGGACGCGCCCCUUUGAGUCCUAUUUUAUACCAAUAAAAGGAAAAAAAAAAAGAAUAAAAAUAAUUUCUUGUUGCUUCUGUUAAACCUCACAUGCUAAUGUUCUAGUUUCCUUACAACUUUUUACAUCUCAACAUAUUUAAGCAGAAAAUGUUUGUCUUGAAUGAAGCGGCUGCCACCAUUGAAGAUGACUGGUGUGAUUUAUCACCGUCAGUGGUGCCUUUUUUUUUUCUAGAUGUCUUUUGAUAAAAACAAUAAAUGGAACGUAAAAAGCCUUGUUCGUUUAGCAACUAUUUGUAAUACAUUUUUAAAAUGUCUUAAACGAAGAGGCCUCCUAUCACACUUUGUUUUGUAGAGAUACAGGACACUUUGCCAUGGUGUAAAUACACUUCCUCUUCUUUCAUAAUGUAUGCCUUUUGGAUCAAAUUACUUUCUUUCUCUCUCUAAAAUUGACACUUGUUUUUAGUGGUAUUUUGCAAUGUUACAGUGGCUUGUUUCAGUGCUUCAUUCAAUGUAUUAACUGGUAUCCUUUUGCAAAUAAAACAUUGGUAUUUCA